AUGAGCAUUAGUACUGACCCAGGUACACAUCAGGUUCAGCAAAAAUACGACACCAAAUACCACCGUAAAUAUGAAUGCUGUGGCGAACCGGGCAUAGAAAGUGGUACCAACGUGAAACUCAAUUUGGGUCCGACCCUCGCGAAGGCCGGGUAUGGCAAAGACAAACUCAAUCUAAUGGUAUUCGACGACAAUCUCAGCGUUUUCGAAAAGUUCGUACCGACGGUACUGGAGGACAGGGAGACAGCGAAAUACGUGUCUGGCAUCGCAUAUCACCAUUACGGUGGAUAUCCGGACGGAUUCCCGACGGAAAUACAGGAGAACUACACCGAUAUGUUUCUAUUAAGCACAGAGGCCUGUCAUCUUGAGGGACCCGAUUUAGGGCUGUGGAGUGCCGGUGAAAACUAUGCCUCGGAUAUCAUCAGGGCUCUGAAUGAGUUCGUGAGGGGUUGGGUGGAUUGGAAUAUGGCGCUGGACAUGAGUGGUGGACCAAGGUGGAACGAUAAGAAGGGAUACGGGGGUGCCAUCAACAUAGACCCGACUAAGGGGGAGGCAUACAAACAGCCCUCAUUUUACGCGAUCGGACACUUCAGCAAAUUUAUUCCCCCGGAAUCGGUACGAAUCGGACACACAGUCGACAAAUCGGUGCCGAGUUUUACGGUACUCACAGUCCAGAGACCC